GCAGUCUCUCAUUUUCUCUUCGUCUCGCAAUCACAAAUUUUAAUCUGCAACUCAUUUCUGGGCGAUUCUCAUCCAUUUUGAUUCACCAUGCCUCCAAAGAUGGAUCCAACGCAGAUAGUGGAAGUGUACGUAAGAGUAACUGGUGGUGAAGUAGGAGCAGCAAGUUCUCUAGCACCAAAAAUAGGUCCACUGGGUUUAUCACCGAAGAAAAUCGGUGAAGAUAUUGCUAAAGAAACAGCUAGAGACUGGAAGGGUUUGAGAGUAACAGUGAAGUUAACAGUACAGAAUAGACAAGCAAAAGUAUCAGUAGUACCAUCAGCAGCAGCAUUAGUGAUCAAAGCAUUGAAAGAACCAGAGAGAGAUAGGAAGAAAGUUAAGAAUAUCAAACAUACUGGUAAUAUAUCUUUUGAUGAUGUUAUUGAAAUUGCUAAAGUCAUGAAACCUAGAUCUAUGGCCAAGAAUUUGAGUGGUACUGUUAAGGAGAUUUUGGGGACUUGUGUUUCUGUUGGGUGCACUGUUGAUUCUAAAGAUCCCAAGGAUGUUCAGGAGCAGAUUGAUAAUGGUGAUGUUGAGGUUCCUGAUCUUGAUUGAAGUGAUGGGUGUCUUUUGAGGGUUGGAUUUUCCAGGUACAAACAUAAGAUUUUUAGGUUUUUUUUCUUUUUCUUAUAGCCUUAAUAGAGGAAUUUCUGAUACUUAACUGAAAACAUUUUGGAAAUGUGAAUUUUGAACAUCUUAGGGUUUUGGUUUAUUUACUGCAGACGAUUAAUUUGUGGUAAUAUAAAUUGAUUUGGGGUUGUUAAUCUCUUUUAAUUUUCAA